UUACCUCCAAUUUAUGCGCAAUCCGGUUCAAUAUCGCGCGAUAGCAAUUAUUCCUCGGGAACGGAAACGAGACAGACACAAUGUCUACGAGAAUAACGGAGAUCUUUAAUUCCUUUCAGGAUUAUCUGAACAACGAACAAGAAAUACGCGAGAAAAUCCGCGUUAUUGUCAAGGGUAUUGAAAAGAGUGCCAGAGACAUUUUAAUGAUAUUACAAAAUAUUCACAAUAUAGUACACGAUGUGGUAGACGAAAAUAUAAUCAUAGCGGUAUAUUGUACAAAUGCAAGAAGAAUAUUUGAGGAUGUAAGGAUACAAUAUGCAAAUCUGGCUGAAGUGAUACCAAGUAAUCAGUAUUAUCGUUAUCACGAUCAAUGGCGUUUUGUUACCCAGAGGUUAUGCUUUCUAGUUGCUCUAGUUGUAUAUUUGGAAGUAAAAGUUUUGGUCACCAAAGACACCGUCGCAGAAAUAUUAGGAGUAAAGGAUAAUAGAGAAGAAGGUUUUCAUCUAGAUCUAGAAGAUUUCUUAUUGGGCCUACUCCAAUUAUCUUCUGAAUUGAGUCGUUUCGCUGUAAACAGUGUUACCAAUGGUGAUUACGAUCGGCCAAUAGAAAUUGCAAGAUUCGUCAAUGAAUUAAAUGCUGGUUUUCGACUAUUGAACUUAAAGAACGAUAUGUUGAGAAAACGUUUUGACGCGCUUAAAUAUGAUGUAAAAAAAAUCGAAGAAGUAGUGUACGACUUAUGUAUUCGUGGUUUAAAACCAUCUCCUCGGCCUAAUGAAGAAGAAACCCCUAUUGUAUAAAUCUUUUUUAUAUCUUUCCGCAA